GACAAAGCGUUUUCAUUGCUGACACUAACCCGCUGUGUGGUUUCAAUUCCAGCCUCCGAAAUGGUCCUGGAAACCGGCUGUGCGCCAUGUCAUGCUACAAUCACUCCAACCUCUCCACCUUCCUACUAAUGGGCAUUCCAGGGCUGGAGGCCACCCACUUCUGGAUCGCCUUCCCGUUCUGUGCCAUGUACGUUGUGGCCCUGCUGGGGAACUUCAUCCUCCUCUUUGUGAUCAAGACGGAGCCGAGCCUGCACCUGCCCAUGUACUACUUCCUCUGCAUGCUGGCAGGCAUCGACCUGGUGCUCACCACCUCCACUGUGCCCAAGAUCCUGAGCAUCUUCUGGUUCCAUUCCCAUGAAAUCGGCUUCAAGUGCUGCGUGGUCCAGAUGUUCUUCAUCCACAGUUUCUCUGCCAUGGAGUCGGGGGUGCUGCUGGCCAUGGCCUUCGACCGCUAUGUUGCUAUCUGCAAGUCAUUGCGCUACACCGCCAUCCUCACCAACACCAUCAUCGCCAAGAUCGGGUUGGCCGUCUUUGUGCGGGGCAUCGGCCUGAUGACCCCAUUGACGUGCAUGGUCAGCCGCCUGUCCUACUGUGGGCCCAGGGUCAUCUCCCACUCCUACUGCGAGCACAUGGCUGUGGUGAAGCUGGCCUGUGGGGACACCAUGCUCAACUAUGUCUACGGGAUAACGACCGCAACCUUUGUGGUGGGCUCAGACUCCAUCUUCAUCACCAUCUCCUACAUCCUGAUCCUCCGGGCCGUCCUGAGCCUCUCCUCCAGGGGUGCGUGCCUGAAAUCCUUCAGCACCUGUGGCUCCCACUUGUGCAUCAUCCUGCUCUUCUACACCCUGGGGCUGUUCUCCUUCUACACACAUCGCUGGGGCCAGAACAUCCCCGCGCACAUGCACAUCCUGCUGGCAGACCUCUACGUUCUGGUGCCGCCCAUGCUGAACCCCAUCAUAUACGGCAUCAAGACCAAGCAGAUCAGGGAUCGGGUCCUUCUCCUC